AUGGAUUUUUUGAGCUUGCAUUCCAAGAAAGAGAGCAGUGGUGAAAAGGGUGCAGGGAAAAGCAGAAGUUGGCCCUCUUGGCCUUGUCUUUCCUGGUGCAACGAGAUCGAUAAUCAAUCCGAAAGACUACUUGUUGAGCUUGAUGGCUGUGAAAAAGUCGCGGAGGUCGUUCAAACAACUGUGACAACCGCUACAUUCGCUGACCGACACAAUCCGACCCAACUCAAGGAUUUUGACAGGAUUCCAAUCGCCGCGGGUCUCUGGGACUAUUCUUUCUUGGUCCUCGAGGGUCGUGGUAGUUCCACUCCAGCCGAUGCACUCAACACUUGA